AUGGAAGCUUGGGUUUUGAUUUUUUUUAUCUCUUCCUUUUUCUCUAUACUCGUGAACCAUUCUUGUCAAGUGCCACCGGACCGAAGUAACGAAUCCUUAAGCCCCAUCAUCAUACUGCCAGCCCCGUCCGGGAUCUCAUACGAAUCGCUUCACUACCCAGUACCCGUGGAUCAGCAGUAUCAGGUAAUACCACUGGUGAUAAACACGGGGAAAAUACCCUUGGUAAAUCACGCGGUCCAAGCGCCGAUACAAUACUUCGCACCUCCCAAUAACGAUGACCGGCAGGCACCGAUUUACGACUCGGCACAAUACUCGACGGAUCGACACGAACGUCUGCAACUACGACGUAACCCGGACACAUCGAUAUUAUAUUCAAAUGACGAGCAAACCGAAAAUCGACCGACGUACGGCGGUUAUGGUAAUGAUAAUAAUCAUCCACCAACCGCAACUGCUACAGUUUACUCGGAAACGCGUGUCGAUGGUCCGCCGGCGUCGCUGCGGUACAGUUACGGAUACAAAAUAAUCGACAGCCGCGUUGGCGGUUCGAAUGGCCGACAUGUUGCACCGAAGAUGGUCGGCGGUGUCGGACCGACAAGUCGUAACAGUUUAUCGGGUCCAGAGGAUGGAGUUUUCGAGCGCACGAUCGGCCCGGGUGCCGGAUCACAAGCAGCGGCCAACGGACGAAAACCCAACGAAUCCGACGACCGGCGGGAUGACGGACAGGACAAUAUUCCCAGAGCUUUAAAACCGAUAGUUGUAAAGACAGAGUCGAAUAGUACAAAAACCGAAUUGAAAAAAUAUUACAAGAAGGUGACAAAUCCGGAGAAACCGGUCAAAGAGGCAAAAAAUAAUGAAAAAUUGACAACAAUAAAUCCCGCACAACGGUGA